AUGUUUAUAGAUCCGGGAAGCUCGAUGGACAUCAUAUACGAGCAGUGCUUUAAACAACUCGACCCAGAUGAUAAAGCACGUCUAGAACCGGUCGAUUUUCCCCUAACCGGAUUCUGCAAUGAAGCUGUAUUCCCAUUGGGACAAAUAGCUUUCCCUGUGACUUUGUCAGAUGGCGAACAUUCACAAACAGUUACAGUCAAUUUCAUGGUCAUGCCGGCAACAUCACGUCAUGAUGUUCUGCUCGGAAGGAGAUCACAAAGAGAGUUCAGUAUGAUCACAUCUAUCCCACACGCUGCAUGUGGGUUCCCAACGGAAACCGGAGUUGCAAUUCUGUACUCAAGCAAAGAAGUCAUGUACGUGGACGACGAGCCACCAGCAAAGGUAGUCAAACCUUCAGCAUCAAACGAACCGGAGAAAUGGGUCCUGAACGAAGAAUACCCAGAGCAGACCAUCUCACUAGGACACGCCAUUUCACCAGUAACACGAAUACAACUGAAAGCACUGUUGUCCAACAACAAAGACAUAUUCGCUUGUACGCUGCGAAACUGCGGGAAGAAAACCCCCUUUCAAUGGACACCUGAAGCAGAAGCAGCAUUCAAACAAAUGAAAGAAUGUUUAAUUCAGCUACCAACGCUGACUGCGCCAAAAGAAAAAGAGCCACUGAUCUUAUACCUAUCAGCCGCGGAAGUAGCGGUAGGUGCAGUAUUAAUGGUGGAACGAGACAACGUUCAGACUCCAAUUUACUAUAUCAGCAAAAUGCUCACUGGCCCAGAAACUCGCUACUCAAUGAUAGAAAAAUUGGUUCUAGCACUAGUACACGCAUCCCGAUGCUUGCGCAGGUAUUUCUCGGGCCACGUCGUCACAGUUCUCACAAAUUAUCAUUUAGGCCAAAUCUUAUCAAAACCCGAUGUGGUGGGGAGAUUGGCUAAAUGGGCCAUUGAGCUAGGAGGAUACAAUAUCUUCUACAAGCCAAGACCAGCAAUCAAAGGGCAAGUUCUAGCAGACUUCGCUACCGAAGUGUCCAUCGAUAAAGUACAAGAAUGCGAGGCAAUCCAGAACCCUACACCUGUUUUUGACGACAGAGUCUGGACCUUACACACAGAUGGCGCUUCCAAUGAUGACGGAGCAGGAGCAAGCCUCCGAUUGGUCAGUCCGGACAAUCACGAGCUCACAUAUGCCAUACGCUUAGACUUCCAAAGUACCAACAAUGAAGCAGAAUACGAAGCAUUUUUAGCAGGCCUUCGUCUAGCACUCAAAAUGGGGGCAAGAAACCUUGAGGCCAACGUUGAUUCAAAACUAGUAGCCGAGCAAGUUAACGGUCACUAUGAUGCAAAAGGAGAAGCUAUGGCAUUAUACCUUGAACAAGCACGGAUGUUAAUCAGCCAAUUCCAGACAUUCAGGGUUAACCAUAUAAACAGAAGCGAAAAUAAGCACGCAGACGCGCUUAGCAAAUUGGCCGCUACCAGCUUCAAGCACUUAGCAAAAGAAGUGCGCAUAGAGGUACUGUCUAAUCCAUCGAUCCAUCUCAAGCAAGUAAACGUUAUAGAGGUCGGUAACCCAUCCUGGAUGUCUUCGAUCAUCUUAUACCUACAACACGGGAAACUUCCGGAGGGAAAAGCAGAAGCCCGGAAACUCCAACACAAAGCGAUAAAUUACGAAAUGGCAGAUGGCGUCCUUUACCGAAAGUCAUUCAUGGGACCAUUAUUACGCUGUGUCGAUAAAACAGAUGCUCAAUACCUGGUCAGAGAAAUCCACGAAGGUUUAUGUGGAAUACACGCGGGACCGCGCAUCGUCGUGGCAAAAAUAAUGAACGCCGGAUACUACUGGCCAGGAAUGCAUAUGGACGCAGUUGAUUUAUUAAGGAGAUGCACAGCCUGUCAACGCCAUGCACCAAAGAUACUCCGACCAAAAAAUCCGCUAGUACCUGUCACAUCCGCCUGGCCAUUCCAACAAUGGGGCAUCGAUCUUGUUGGACCAUUUCCUGACGCGCCAGGCGCAGUAAAAUUCAUCAUUGUAGCGGUCGACUACUUCACCAAAUGGGUGGAAGCUAAAGCUUUGGCCUCAACCACAGCAAUGGUCGUCGAUGGCAUAAAAGCACGACUAGGAACAGCACGCAGAGGGUGGGUCAACGAACUCUCCAGCAUCCUCCAGGCGUAUCGAACAAUGCCAAAAACUAGCACAGGCGAAACUCCGUUCAGUCUAGUCUAUGGGUCUGAAGCCGUCAUCCCAGCAGAGAUUGGCUUACCAUCACCACGCAUGAUAGCCAUGGAAAAACAGAAUAAUGAGCAAGAACGAAGAUUGGAUCUAGACCUCCUCGAAGAACGGCGCGAGAAUGCUGCUAUCACAGAGGCCAGGUACAAAUCCAAACUCGAAAAAUACUACAAUGCGCGCGUCCGCGUAUGCACAUUUGUUCCGGGUGAUUUCGUUUUGCGCGAUAAUGAAGCAUCAAAUGCUGAAAUUCCGGGCAAAUUAGCGCCAAGAUGGGAAGGACCAUAUGUCAUUAACGAGGUCCUAGGCAAAGGGGCGUAUACUCUCAAAAGAAUUGACGGGACUCUAGUCCCACGCACCUGGAACGCGCAGCAGCUGCGCAGGUGUUACAUGUAG